AUGGAGACUUCAGCAGUUUUAUUUUUUGUUAAACUAGAAAUUCUCGCCGAAAGCCACCAUACCCAGAAGUCGAUUCUCGAAUCCGAGUGGUUUCCAACUCCAGGAUAUCUUUACGCACUCGAGAACAGUCCCAAAGAGGAAAGAGCCCUUUCGCAGGUGCUUCCGGCUCGUUCACGGGUGUUUGUCCUCUUGGCGCCUCGUCCGUCGCACCUUUCCGUUUACCCUCAACUUCCUUACCUGCGGCGACCCUCGACUUCUCGGUUUCAGCCGUACCGACCGAACAAUGAGUCGUCACGACAACCUCUUCUUCUUCUUCAGACUCGGUCAUUCUUCUCAUUCUUCCACUCGUCCUUUCAACUCUUUUUUUCCAAUUGUCUGCCGAGCCUUUUGUGUUUGGCCAAACAAGAGUCUUCCUUUUUUAAUGGCUUCUUUGCAAUUUUUUUUUUGAUUUUUUAGCUCGACUAUCUCAGAAAAACAUUAUAUUACUUCCUUGUAAUAAAAAACUUCGUCGAUACUUCAUUUUUUCAAAUAAAAAAGUAAGCAAGAUGAAAAUCAUUAAGCAUCGCAUUAGUCUAAUUUCUCAGCGAAUCCUUCCAGACCUCGGACAAAAACUCGGCCGAUGAGCAGAUCAAACAAGCUUUUUGUUGAUUUUCUGCAUUUCGCGUCGGCGACUCCUCCCAAACUUCGGCACAACAUUCUCGUUUUUGUAGCGAACCUCGAUUUUUUGACAAAAUAUUUUUGGUGGCUCGGUAGCCUUUUUUAUAAAUAACUUUGCUUCAGAUCAAUUUUUCAAAAAGGGAUGUGAAUAUAUUGAAAAUUUGGCUUUUUUCCAUUUCCUCAAAGACCUUACUGUUUUCAUUGCAUGUUACCGUCACAUUGGUCAUAUUAUACUUCAUUUUAUCGAUAUAUAAUCGAUACUAGCAUUCUAUCACUUUUUUUUUCGAUUCCCGAGGAGUGGUCAAUAACAUAAAUAGAUUCUGCUGGCCGCUAUCCUCCAAUAAUAUCCAGAUAUGGGCGGAACUCGGAUGAGCUUUGAGAGAUGGACAGGAACAGGUUGUUGAGCUGAAUAAGAAGAGCAAAAGAUUGAUGAAUUGUUUUUAGCGGUCAAAACUGACUCUUAGAUCAUCUUCUUUUUUUAUAUUUCACAUGUCUUUUUAUUUGAAAUCUUUCUGAAAACUUCAACAAUAAAAAUUUUUCAGAAAAAAAAACUUUACUUCAUCCUUACAUGUUAAUUUGGAAUUUGAUUUCAAAAAUUUCUUAUGUCGUGUCCUUAAGUUUUUUAUCGUUGUUGUUUGGAAAUAAACCAUUUAAUUAUUGAUUAAAAGCCGAAAAUUAAAAUAGGAGCCUUUAUUGGAUCGCAAAAGCCUUCAGGAAGGAUCAGCAGACGGCGACGCGGUGUGACCUUCUUCGGAGGAUCGUCGCGCUGGUCCAAUCGCAAAAUUGUCCGACUCUCCGCGGGUGGCGCCAACUUUCCAUCAACCGUCCUGCUACUUUCCUUUUAUGGAGUCACCUUUUCACGCGUUUUGUUUGUUUUUAUCUUGAUUCUCGCUUGGCCCGUUGGGAAAGGCACAAAUUCUAGAAAUUCACAUUUUCUGAAAGAUUAUCAAUUUCAUUCUGCAGAAUGAAACUGAUAACUAUAGAGCUCAGAGUGGAUUUUAAUGGAUUUCUCGAAGGACUUCGGCCGCACCUUCUUGAACUCGAUUCUAGCCCUGGAUGUUCUUAAAUUCGUGGCCCAACGCCACGAUAACCGUUAAUAAGGAGAAGAUCGUAUCGCACGUGAAGAAGACCUUCUCAAGACCUUUGCGUAUCUGAUGACUUUUCCCUCGGAAAAUGUUCUCCUCAAAACGUUCUAUACAGUCGUUAUUUAUGCUGCUUCGCCCGGUUCGACGUUGUGAUCAGGCAAAGCUGAAAGGAACACGAACUUGGCGUCGCUCGGCCUUUUUUCUUUUGUUUUCUAUGCAACCUCACAUUGCGGAAAGUUUUGGUGUUUUUUUUUUCGUACUAUAUGGUCUCCCGACUUAUUGAACUGUUGCUAGCCGCCAGAAGAGAAAUUUUUUCUGUCUCCGCAACACAAAAAGUCAAAAAAAGAUACCUAAAGAUUCAAUGUUAAAUUAUGAAAAAGCUCUAAUUCAUAGUCGAUUCAUCCAUGAUUAUAACGUCUACAGCAACAAUUCAACUUUGAUGAGUUGACAAUAAAUAUGGCACACUUGCGUUUUUCUGAAAGCCAAUUUUGCUUUUACUUCUUCUUUCUUUUGGCCCAUCCUCAGCUCCGCACCUUGAACUUGAAUAUUCGACGUCAUGAAUAUUUCCCGAUUGUUUGCCGUUUUGCUUGAAACAGCAACUCACUGAGGCUCAUAUUAAUAUUUGGAAGCGCGAUUCGGAUGCGUUUACUCGCCGCAGGCGGUUCAUCAAGCGGCCGAGGCAUUUUUACAGCGGCAAGGCGUGUGACCGAAUCGGUGUCGACCUGUUCCAUUUGCCGUCGCACACGGAAUCAAAAAAAUAAGGUGCGCAGAAAAAAAAAACACUUUCAAUGCCCAAAUUCGCGACGAUAUUUUUCAUUUUUUUCUGUGAAGUUUUCAAUCUUUAGGCUUUUUCUCUGUUAAAAAUUGGAUGCUAACUUAUUUUUUCCGAUCACUGUCGCAAAUUAAAAUCAUACGCUCUGAAAAAAAUGUAUUGCUCCCGCUGAAAUAAAAAAUUACUUCAGCUUUUUCGUUAUCACAUCGGCGUCCACCCUUUCAUGUUCUUUCCCAUUUUAUUCAGCUUAUUUUGAUCCUUUUAUUUUUUCUCACUCAUUUUUAGCUUCAAAAUCCUUCUUUAAUUGAAAUCAACUUCGAUUCGAACCGAAAAUCCUGUAAUAGAAAAAAUGUUGAAGAGUGUUCUUAAGCACGAACUGGAAGUAAAAACUCCACCAAACACGUUCUCGCUCAGAAUAAACGCGAAAAAGAGUGCUUUGAAGUAUUUUUAGCCGCCUUCUUCAAAACCAACAAAUUUUCCAACCUGUACUCGGAAGUCGAGAUACCUGAAAUCUCCAAUCUUCGACUUUAAACGACAACCCAGGCAAACUGGCGCCAGAGUUGCCGUGGCUCACCUUUCGUCAACUCGACAAAAAAUCGGAGGGCAAAAGGUCGCGUCUACAGAAACCCGCCGCACAAAACAAGAAAGUGCGGCGCUUCCGCUUUUCUGUGUACCUUUUCCCUGCUGAUAUCUUUCGAUUUCAAGUUGGCUGCUUUUUCCGCCGAUUCCAGACUGUUUCCCACAAGUCUUUUCAUUCCUUCCAUCUUUUAUCGAUUUCAAAAUCACAAUAGCUGCCAAAAAACCGCUUCAACAUCCCCAUCUUCAAAUUUUUCUGAACACGCAACGCAAUCAACCCUUCCUCCUUCAAAAAUGAAAUAAUAAAAGCGUCCUUCCAUUUUUUUUUUUUUGCAAAAACGAAGAGCGAUAAAAUUUUCGUGGGAAUCUGUUUCAUUUUUUUCAUUUCAUUUCGCUGCGUUUGUUUUUUCGCCUUCCAUACAAAAUUUCGUUCACUUGAUAAAUCUUAUGAAAUAUUUUUUGUUCUGCAGCUCUAAAAUAAACGAAUGUGGAUUAAAUCAAAAAAAUUUGAGAAAAAAACGAAAAAUUUAUUGUAAGAAUGAUUUUUUUGGAAAAAUACCGUACUGAGCUUCUGAAGGUUUUGACGUAAAAUUCAGCUAGAUCAAAAAAAUUUUUUUAUCAUAACUUUCAACGGUAAAAAGUAAAUUACAGAUGUAUGCUGACUUCAAUUUUAAAAAAAAUUCUUGUAAUUUUUAAAUCAAACUACUAUUUUUUGUUUCGUUUCUCAUUAUUUCACUUUCACGUGGGAGGUUGAUAUUUUGUUGCGCAACGUCUUUUUCUUUGGUCUCGGUCAUAAAAAAAACUUUCAGAUGCUUCUGACGGCGCUCGUCGUUCUGGUCCUCUCCGCGGAGACGUUCGCUCGCUCGCGUCUCCCGAAUCCUCCAGUUUUUGCCGCCGUCGAGACGUUUCCCAGCAUCUGUUACCUUCCUCCAGGUGGUUCAUAACACUUUGGCUAGAAUAACAAACCAGUUCAAAUUGUUGAAAAAGUUUAAACACCUCAUAGUGAGGACGGAAAAUGAGGUAGUAUGAGUAUAGAUACUCAUUAAUUGAACAAUCUCUGAACAUAUUCCAAGAAAGAAAAUAAAAUCAGUAUAUGCCGUCUUUAAUCAAUGAUAAAAUCGAAAGUUUCUGGUUACUCCUACUAGAGGAAGCUCUAGAAGAGUAGUGGACUUUUCAUUAAUGAAAUUUCGAAUUAAGUUCACGAGUAAUUAUUUUUCGGGGAUUUUGCGAGUUUCCCGGUGGGAUGCGGAUGAGGCACGCCCGGAUGCACAGUACCUAUGCGCGACAGCAAAUUACUCUGACACACAUAUUUCAAUAUUCUUUCGAGGUUGCGCGGAUAUGGACCUAUCUUUCAAUUUGUAACAAAAAAAACGCAAAGUUCUAGUUUUGUAAGUCAACUAACUUCACAGUUUUUUUCAAGAUUAGUCAUUCCCACACCUUCAAAUUGAAAUCACAAAGAAGCCAUAAUUCUAAAAAAAAAACCAGAGUAAUUAAUAUGUGGCGGUUUUGAGCUUCCAUUUAAUGAAAUUCUUUCCAAGAAAUUAUCUUUUUACGAUUGUUUUUUUCGGUGAUAAGAUGAACGAAGUCUUAAGACUUAAUGAAACUUUUUUUAGUUCAUUCCAAUAAGAAACAAACAUUGAUGAAAUUUUUCAUAAUGCAUUCAAUUGUUCUCUCAAUUUUUUUGAAAAAUUUUUUUAUGAAAUUCGAAAAAUAAAACUUCUACGAACUUGAUUUUUGGCUACUGUAUAUCAGAAAAUAAGUGCUUGAGAUAUUUCAAAACAUCUUCAAAGUUAUUGCUAUUUCUUAACAAAGCAUGAGGAAAUUCCAAUAAAGCGAUAAAUGCCUUCGGAAGAUCGAUCUAGAAUUUAGCCCUGAACGAGAGCGAUCAGAAGUAAAUGUUCAUAAGCAAAAUCGGAAGAGUGGAAAAAGGAUCCAUAGAAAUUUUCCUUUUAGGAUGACGAAGGUUCCUUUUUGCCUGCACCAUUCCAUCAGCUGUUAUGCGCCAUUUUUACUGCCUCUCCCUUUUCCCACCAUUUCUUGAUCCUUUGAAAAUAUAAUGAAAUGGAAGGCUCGAUGAAUGGACUCUUUUUGUUGCCUUUCUGUGGCCUUGUUUGAGCUUCUCCCUUUUAGGGGUCAAUAUCCCCCAUUCUGAUUUAAGGAUCCCGCUCAGAAUCAGAUAAUAAUAAUGGAGUUACCAGACUCCGGACUCUGCAAAAAGUCGGCAACAUUGGACUCUUCUGAGUUGGAUCUGAUCACGCGCUACUACUUCGACACGGCCACGGAGCAAUGUUAUCCAUUCGGAGUGCAGGCAAGCCCUUCUCAUCCCGCAGAAAGAGACAAUCCACGGUUUGCAGCACUGCGGCGGCAACGAGAAUCGUUUCGCCAACCUCGAAGAUUGCCAGAAGCUCUGCGUCCUGUCGGGCAAAAAAUGA